GCAGGCGCGUCUCCUCAAAUCCUGUCCCUACACCCCUCCUCUUUCUCUUCAUUUCGUUCCCCCUCCUCUUGCAGCACCUCAGCAGGUUCAAACUCCUCUCCGGGAGAGUGGCGGCGAUCGCGAGGUCACGUGAUGAGCAUCCUGCUGCCCAACAUGGCGGAGUUCGACACCAUCUCUGAACUGGAGGAGGAGGAAGAAGAAGCGGCAACGUCGUCGUCGUCGCCGUCGUCGUCGUCGUCUGUAUCUGGGCCCGACGAUGACGAGGAGGAUGAGGAGGAAGAGGGGGAGGAAGAGGAGGAGGAGGAAGAAGAGGAGGAGGAGGAAGAGGAGGAGGAGGCGCCGCCCCCGCCUCGGGUAGUGAGCGAGGAGCAUCUGCGGAGAUAUGCUCCCGACCCUGUAUUAGUGCGGGGUGCCGGCCACAUCACUGUGUUUGGCUUGAGCAACAAGUUUGAUACUGAAUUUCCCUCCGUUCUAACAGGGAAGGUGGCCCCAGAAGAAUUUAAGACCAGCAUUGGCCGUGUGAAUGCAUGUUUGAAAAAGGCUCUCCCGGUCAAUGUGAAAUGGCUGCUGUGUGGUUGUCUCUGCUGCUGUUGCACACUGGGUUGCAGCCUAUGGCCUGUUAUUUGUCUCAACAAAAGAACCAGAAGAUCAAUUCAGAAGUUAAUAGAAUGGGAAAAUAACAGAUUAUAUCACAAGCUUGCUUUGCACUGGAAGUUGACUAAGAGGAAAUGUGAAACUAGCAAUAUGAUGGAGUAUGUAAUACUAAUAGAAUUCUUACCAAAAUAUCCCAUAUUCCGACCUGACUGAGGAGUUUUAUCCAGUCACUUCUGUGUUACCUGUCAUUUCCUACCCUUAGUGCCUUGUAGAUUUGGAAUGAAGAUGGUCUUCUUUGCUGUGUUCAACUUAUUCUUUAUAAUGGUAGAAUAUUCUUCUCACUCUUUUGUGUUGGUUUAUGAACAUUUGCACAUCUUUUUUGUCGUUAAAUGAGGCUUGUGUUUUGCACUCUCAAUUUUAAAUACACACACAUGCGUGUGUGCAUAUACAUAUAUAGAUAGUUGCCAUUAAAGAUGAAUCAUCAGUGUUGGUGUUUAAAAAACAAAAACUUGUUCUGAGCAUGCUGCCUUAUAAUUUUCAUAUUCAUUGUUUCUAAACUCGCAUCAUUUUUCUAGGCUACUUGAUGCUCUGUAAUCCCUUACUGGACAAACGUAAAUAAGCUUUUGGUAGCUUUUAGAAAUGGUUUUACUCUGCUUUUAAAGGACAUGCAAUUAAUGGCACUGGUUUUGUCCUGCACUUUGCUUUAUCACUUAUGUUAGUGGAUAAAAUACUUAAACUCCUAAAGACUUGUAAAUAUUGCCUCUUUGCAUAAUGUAAAAUGUGGUAUGCCAUGGUUUACAUAAUGUAAUAUUACUCUUAUUGUAUUGCCAACAAUUUUACGUAAAUUUUAAUAUGAAUGAAGUUUGCAAGCAUCCCUUUGAAUGUAGAGACUGCUAACAUGCUGUUUUAUGGCAAGGCCAUAAUGAGUAUGUUAAGAAUUUCAGGUGUAGGGCAAGGUUGCCCUUUGUAACAAGUGGAUUAAAAUUGAAAUUAUUAUCUCAGAUAUUCUGUAUUGCACCUGAAACCAUGACCUUUAUUUUUCCUUUUCAUUUAAUAAUUUCCAUUUUGUUCUCUACUCCUUUCCACAAAAAAAUUACUUGACAUCUGACACAUUUCACAGUCUCACUAUCCUGCAUUUAUUAGCCUUUUCUUCCUUUGAAAAUACACACAAUUAUGACCUUUAAGGAGUAUUUUGAGAUUUCAGACAUCUUCAGAAGGUAUCUAGACCCUCUUGAAAGCUGUUAAUGCCUUUCUGCAGUUCUGAUAUUCUAGUUUGAGAGAGAACUACUUGAGAAGCUGUAGGUAAAGAGUAUGUAGCAGCUGAUUCAUAAUUGAAAAAAAUUAUGUUCUGUUUUUGAAGAUCUUUUAUAAAACAUUAAUGAGGAAAGACAAGCGUUUAGACAAAUUAUUUUAGUUUAUAAAUUCAGCACAUAUGUAACAUUUAUUUGGUACAUAUGUCUCUAUUUUUCUUCACAAUUAAAAUGAUUGCUAGCACCACACAACUAGAAUUUGAAAAUUCAGUAUAAUGAAAGCUUUAUAUCACAUUAAUUCAACUGCAAAUGUAUGCCUGUUUGUAGGCAUUAUUUGUAACUCAUAGUGCUAAAAAUAAAAGUGUCUAGGGCUCAAUAAUAUUUUGUCAUCUUUUACUGCUUUUAGUAAACCUUUUAGGCAAGAUUCAUCUCAGUGAAGUGAACAAUCAUUUAUUCAUACAAGGUCAAGCCUUUUUAAGCCACUCUUAAAAUUUAUGCCUAAUUUGAAAUCCAUAGUCCUUGACCAGCUUAAAAAAGAGAGAAAAAGAAGAUACUAUUUGAUAUGUGAUUAUAAUUGUGUGCACAAACACUUUUCCACCUUCCUCUGUGCCCCAUUACCUCUAUGCCACUCAGCCACCCCAAAUCUCUAACCUUUAAUAAUGUGUAUGCCUGCAAAUAUCAUGUGUUUGCCUGCUGCAAAAUUCAAGGUGUAUUUUUAUAGACAAGGUAGAGGCCUCUGAAAAUGUAUACCAAAUGUCUUGUUUUAUAGCUAAGGUCAGGGAAAAAUUGUAUCUGAGGUUUAUGUUCCAGCUAUUGUUAUCAAAUUUUUGCUUCAAACUGUGAUAUUUUAAUACCAAAAUUGAUUUUCAGCAUAAUACAGAAUGUCUCAUUAUCACUGAUAGGAUAAUUGCCUUUAAGUGUUAAUCCUUAGAAGUCUUAUUUUUUUUUUCUGUAACCUUAGAAUUUGAUCAUAUGAUAGUCAUAGGAACUUUUUCUGCCAUGUAUAAAUCACACUUGGUUUUGCUCAAAGAACAGCAGGAAAUGGUGAAUUGUUUCCAUGAAACAAUUAUUGAGAAUGGGAAUAGAGUGUAUCUGGAAAUAACACAGUAUAAUUCAAGUUACAAUAGCAUUUGUCACAAAAACCAUUUGUCAGCAUGUGUAAACUUAAUUUUAAAGCCUAUUCUAAUCACUCAAGUUUGUUAUUUUAUGGUUCGUUAUGCUGGUUGACUCAUCGUAGUUUCUCCAACUACCCAAAAAAAUACCAAUUUUUUUCCUCUCUUGUAUGACUACUUUUUCAAACUGUUUUUCUUUGCAGGGGGCUGAUUAGCAAUUGAGUAUUUUGUAAUGUUUGCGGGGAGUGGUGCUUUGUUUUCAGUGAAAUUGGUUGCAGUGAAUGCUAAAAUGACACAGCACACUGGUGAUUAAUUCCUCCCCCAUGGAGCCUUUUUUCUGUUACGCUUAGGAUAGAACAUACUUGUAAUUUUCCAUUAGGUUAGUUACAUACUUUUGUGAAAGUUGUUUUUAGACUGAAGAAAGUAAUUUUGAAUUUCUUUGUUACAUAAUAUUCCUUUAUGAAACUUGUGAUAGUUUCCAGAGCAAAACAACAUGUAUUUGCCAAAGUAUAUAAAUCUCACAAGGCUUUGAGGUUACAAGCUAAGAUUGUUUUUUUAAAUUAAUGUUCCAGUGUUUCUCAUUUGGCCCAAGAUUCUGGCUUAAUAAAUUUGACCAACUGCCUAUUUUUAAGCUUGUCCUAAAAGCCAAUAACAUGUUUAUUCCUAAUAACUAAUAUGGACAAGUGUUAUUUACAGAUUUAUUAACUCCAUCCCAGAUAUAUCUCCACUCUUUGUUCCCUCCUAACACUUAUGCUAAUUUAGGAAAGAGACCACUGUAGUAAAAUUUUAGAAGAAGAUGGAGAAGUGCCUUGUCUUUUUAGAACAAAGAUAACACAUUACGUGUAAGGAAGCAUAAAAAUGAAUUGGUAGAUGAUUAGAUUGGAAAUCAUCCUUUUCAACUAGGUUUAAGAAUAUUUUGCUGGUGUAUUAUCUUUUAUUUAUUAUGUAAAGCCUCUUCCUUUUCCCCAAUCAUGAUAUAUUAGUGACAAAAUGUUAUAGAACCGGACUAUUAGUCACUUAAAAAAACAGUAUAAUUCUAAACAUGUAAUUUAACAUGUAAUUUAAUUUAGUUCUGGAAGGACAGUUGUCUUCGAUUAAAGCCCCACCAAAACCCAUUUAAGUAUUUAAUGUACAUACUAUUCAUAUUAUGGCCUGUAAACACUAAUGUCUGAGCAAUUAAACUCAUCUACCAUUUUGGUGAAAUUUGAAUAAGUUUAAAAAUGUGUAA